UCAAGCCCCAAAACCCCACACCUCAAACCCCUAAAUCUGCCACGUAAAAGGCAAAACCCCUCAAGGCUUAAGCAUACCCUUUUGAUAAAAAAAAAAUGGCCAAGUGGUGGCGCGGCCUAAGGACGGCAAUUCAAUACCCACAACCACCGCAGCCAUUUCACUCUCAAUCUUCACGUUACCACACAAUCCAAGCAAUACCUCGAGAGGUUGCAGGCAGAAGAGUCUCAGCUAGAGAAAGAGAGCAAGGCAGAAUCCCUGCUGUUGUUUUUCCUCAAAGUCUUCUUGAUAAAAACCCAUCAAACGGAUUGACCUCAAGAAAGAGACUACUGACUACUGAGAAAAAACAGAUUCAAGCCAUUCUUAAGUCCGUACAACUCCCUUUCUUUUGCUCCACUACUUUCCCUCUUCAGAUCCGAGCUGGGUCUGGGUCCUCGGUGUUGCUUGAAUCCGGAACUGUAUUGCCCAUUAAGAUACAUAGGUCUGAAAAGACAGGGAAGAUAUUGAAUUUGGUGUUUGUCUGGGCUGAUAAGGGAACGGAACUGAAAGUUGACGUGCCUGUUGUUUUCAAAGGAGAAGAAAAUUGUCCUGGUCUUAAGAAAGGAGGCCAUCUGAAGAUGAUCAGAAGUACAUUAAAAUAUAUUUGCCCAGCUGAACAAAUUCCUCAAAAAAUUGAGGUGGAUGUAAGCAAUCUAGAUAUUGAAGAUAGAGCAUACGUGCGUGAUAUUGAGGUUCAUCCAUCGUUGAAGCUUCUGAGUAAGAAUGAGAACUUGCCUAUAUGUAAGUGUGUGGCAAGAAAUUUGGAUAGCCCAGAACCUCUGGCAACAAAUUUGGAAAGGCCAGAACCUGCAGAGGUGUAGCUAGUGGAAUUCAUGUCAAUCACUUUAGCAGAUAAGGUUAGUAACUCGGAUGUCAGAAGUGUUGUAAGAAUAAGUUGGUUGUUUUGUCUAGUUGAUGGCUUGGGUUGGUAUUUUUGGAAUUCUCGAACCAAGGAAGACAUCCAUGGCUAGAUUCUUAGGCAAGUUAUAUUUAUGCUCGUAGCAUCUUAGUUACUUUGCUGGGAGGUUGUAUUAGUUGCUGCUAUACGAUGCAAAACUGAGAUGGCUGAUCGCCGUUUUCCCCCUCAAUGGAUAAUUGUAUCAGACACUCGAAGAUCUAGAAGGUAAUCGU